GUAGAUAAGAGUAGGUCUAUAUAUCAUGAUACUAGAGUUAGGCGGUAGCUAAGUUACCGGUGACGGAGGUCUUAACUUUUUUAGUUAACUCAAUGUUGGCCACGUCGAAAAGAGUUACCGUACUGGAGUUACCAUUGGAGCAGGGAUGAAUUCAUUAUUGAUGUUGGCUGAGUGCUACAUACUAUUUGUGUGCUACACACUGUCUCAGGUCACAUGGGCUUGUGACAUUGGCUGGUUCGGACCUAAGUGUGAGUACAAAUGUCACUGUACUGACGGUCAUUGUACCACAGCUGGACUGUGUGCCAACAACGUCGACUGUGCCAGGGGAUGGUUUGGUCCCUUAUGUCAGUACCAGGACUUGGUCAGUGUGGAGAACGCAUCGCACACGUCAACAAGCACAUGGGUCAAAGUCACGUGGCAAAGGCAGUACAUAGUCCAAUGGAUAAGUCUACAGUUUCACGAAACAUACCAGCCGGAUGUGUUUACCCUGCACCUGUCUGCUGGCACUGGCAUCUUUAACUGUACACAGCUGAAGGUUUAUCUCAUCGAUUAUCAAAAGAUCGAUCUCGUCUGUGGUAUUCAGGUGCCGGUAGUGGAGGUCAAGGUCACCUGGACCCAGUCUAAACUGUUGAGAACCAUUCACAUCAGUGGUGGUAGAAACGUGGCCUUGAAACAGACAGCUCAACUCACCAGCACGUACGACGACUACUCACUCGCCUCACACGCGGUGGACGGUAACACCAACACAAACUACCUAGGACGUUCGUGCGUGCACACACGUGACUCUGAUUUAAACCCGUCCUUAACCCUGAUCCUCGCGGGGUCCUACCUGGUGAGCAGGUACAAGGUGUACAACAGAUACGAUGGGUGUUGUCCUGAGCGACUCAAAGGUUUUUACUUGACCAGCUACCAUGGCCCGGAUCUGGUAUAUGCCUACACCGAUGUUUCCAGGGACGCUCUGAGACAGUACACGAUAGUGCCAGACAGGGGCGGUAACCCCGUCAGUCGUGUCAACAUCGCGGCCAACUACAUCAUCCCCGGCACUCGGACAAAGAUCUUGUCGUUGUGUGAAGUGGAGUUGUAUGGAGACGCCAUUUGUCCAGCUGGUCGAUACAGCCUUGACUGCUCCAGCACGUGCAUUUGCCAGAACAAGAGUGAGCCGUGUCAUGUCGCCACUGGUCUGUGUCCGUCUGUUUGUCCUGCUGGAUACUGGGGUCAAGGCUGUCAUUACGAAUGCCCUGAGGGCAGAUGGGGCAUCGGCUGCCUGCAGACCUGCAGUGAAUCGUGUGAGGGUGGUCAGUGUGAGAAGACCUCUGGUGUGUGUACAAACGGCUGUGUGGGCUACACGUCACCCAACUGUUCACAAGCGUGCGAGCCGGGCUGGUAUGGAAUGAAUUGUUCCUUGCCCUGUGACGACAACUGUGCUGAUCAGUGCAACCACAUAACCGGCAACUGUACUCUAUCUCUGCGCUCCAGCGAUACCACGUCUUCUACCAGUGUCAGUAUCGGAAUCGGUGUCGGUGUCUCUGUCUCUGUUGUAGUCCUCGUUUUGGUCGGUAUUGGUAUCGUGGUGUACUGCAAGAGGACAAAAACUCCAAACACCCACCUCCUAGAUCAUUUGUACCGUUUCAGGUAUGCCUCAGGCCGCCUCUCACAAGAAAAAACUGCUCCUGGAAAUGGGGGAUAUGACGAUGGCAGUGCAAGAAAUAUUUAUGCAAUCAACACUGCUUCGUAUGGGUGUGGAUUCUCUGAAAUAUAACAAAACAACAGCGAUAAUAUAUAAUUUAUAUUUCCUAUAAUCAUUAUGAUUCACAUUAAUAUCGGCUAAAUAUACUUAUCUACUAGUUCGCAAACUGGCCUGUCAGUUCGCAAAAUGACGUAACAUACUUACUAAUGUAUAAUAUAGUGACCGAAACUGCGUUAAGUCACAUCUACUGAAUUCAAAUCAAUGAUAGAAAAAUAUUUCCCUCGAGCGUCAGUCAGGUACGGGUCAAAACUGACCUUGGAUGAAAGAAGUCGGGGUCUUUCAGGUGUGGUUCUUCCUUGGAUGCUGUUACAAGUUAGGCGAUAAACGUCACAGCAGACAAUGCCCAAAUUGAUAACAUCAGUAAGAGGGUAGUUUUUUUAAUCAUAGAAAAUUGGAGUGUGAGGAAAUAGUAAUGCUACAAAAAUAAAAAAUAAAAAACUUAAAACUCAUGCACCAACUAAAAUAUAUAAAUAUAUAAAAUAUAUUUAAAAAUAUACAAUGUUAUAUAUAAAAUAUAUAAAACAAUAUUGUAUUCA